AACCAUCACACUCCUUUCCACACACUCUCUCGUCUCUUCUCUCUCUCCUCUCAUUCCUUGCCAUUGUUGCUCUUCCCCACACCUCGAUACCUUCGCUUCACUUUUCUCCACCCUCGUGUCAGACCCCCUCCCUUCAUAUUCUUACCUUCCAACCAAACAACCCAACCUUGACUCUCCUUCACUUUCAUGCGUCCACCGCUCCCGGACUCCCACCCAAACCCGACCCGGCCUUAGCCCGGACCCGACCAACCACCCCAAUGCAGAGCGCCACCUCCCCCCUCCAAACCCUCCUCGACCUCAUCAACGAGACCCUCUCCCUCAUCCUCCGCACCUCCCUCACCGUCCGAUCCUUCGCCGGCCGCUGGCAGCCCCUCCGCUCCAAGCUCGCCUCCCUCCAGACCUCCGUCGCCGACAUCUCCGACUCCCCCCACUGGGCCGAGAACCCCCUCCUCUACACUCUCCUCCCCAACCUCCUCUCCACUCUCCAGCGCCUCAAGGCCCUCGCCGACCAAUGCAACGACACGUCGUUCACCGGCGGGAAGCUCCACAUGCAGAGCGACCUCGACAUGGCCGCCGCGUCCCUCACCAACCAGCUCCGCGACCUCGACCUGCUGCUCAGAUCUGGCGUGCUCCACCAGUCAAACGCCAUCGUUUUGUCCCACCCGGGUCCCGGGUCGGAUAAGGAGAAUCUCAGCUUCUUUAUCCGGGACCUCUUCACGCGUCUGCAAAUCGGCGGCGUCGAGUUCAAGAAGAAGGCUCUGGAGUCUCUGCUUCAGCUUCUCGAAGACGACGACAAGGCCGCGACCCUCGUCGCCAAAGAAGGAAACGUCGCCUAUUUGAUUCACCUUCUCGAUUUCCACAACCAGCCCUGGGUCCGAGAACAGGCCACCUCCGCCGUUUCGCUCCUCGCCGCCGCAAACGACGAGUCGCGCAAGGCGGUGUUCGAAGAAGGGGGUUUAGGCCCGUUGCUGAGACUGCUCGAAUCCGGGACUAACACAUUGAAAGAGAAGGCGGCAAUCGCCGUCGAGGCACUCACCGUCGACCCGGAAAACGCCUGGGCCGUUUCAGCCUACGGCGGCGUUGCUGUAUUGAUCGAAUCCAUUCGAUCCGGGACUCCGGCGACGCAGACCCACUCGGUCGGCGCCAUCAGAAACGUGGCUAACGUGGAGGAGAUCAAGACGGCUUUAGGAGAAGAAGGGGCUGUGCCAGUGCUACUCCAAUUGCUCCUCUCCGGCACCAUCACCGCCCAAGAGAAAUCCGCCAAUUGCAUAGCGAUUUUAGCCUCAACCGAUGAGUAUUUCCGAGCUUUGAUCAUCCAAGAACGCGGCCUGCAGAGAUUGAUGCAUUUGAUCCAGGACCUACUGAGCUCGGAGACAUUGGAACACGUCCUCCGAGCCAUCACUUCGCUUUCGGCAUCAGAGCCCUGCGCUCGAGUCCUGUCAUCUUCAACCUUGUUCCUAAUUCAAUUGGCCGAGUUCAUAAAGCAGGGUAGCUCAAUCCUCCAGCAAAUCUCAGUUUCUUUGCUUUCGAAUCUAUCAAUUAGUAUCAGCGAUGGGAAUAAGCGAGCCAUUAGUAGCUGUAUGGGGUCAUUGGUCAAGCUCAUGGAGUCGCCAAAACCGGUGGGGCUACAAGAAUCGGCGUCGCAAGCUCUUGUUUCGCUGUUGACGGUCCGGUCGAACCGGAAAGAGUUGGUUAGGGACGAGAAGAGCGUGAUGAGGCUGAUUCAGAUGUUGGAUCCCAGAAACGAAGCAGUGAGCUACAAGUUUCCGGUGAUGGUAAUCUCGGGGAUACUCGCCGGAGGAAGCCAGGGAUGCAGGAAGAGGCUCGCUGCGGCCGGAGCUCAGCCACAUUUACAGAAGCUAGCGGAGAUGGAGGUCGCCGGAGCCAAGAAGGCGUUGCAGAGACUCUCCGGCAAUAGGCUAAAGACCAUUUUCUCCCUGACUUGGAGGGAAUAACGGAACGUGGUACCCGCCAAAGAAAGGGAAAAGGAGGAGUUCGAUUGGAUUUUUCUAACCGUCCAAGAAUGAGAAGCUGGAGGCUACAAGCUUAGGCGACAAACACAUACAUCGUAUACCCAACUUUUUUUUUUUUUUACCUAAUCUUGAUAUUUAUCUAUGUUAUAUAUAAAUCCUAGUAUAAAGUUAAUAUUAUAUAUUGGUAAAGAAAAGAAAAAAAAGAAGCAUGGAUGCGGUUUUUAGGGAGUAUCCUUGGUUUGCUGUUCCUUUUAAUUAAUCUUUUAAUCUUUCUAAUUGAUUCACUCGUGAAAGCUGCAAGAGACAGAGAGAGAGGUUCAGUAUGAUGAUGGUGAAGCACAUUGUCAUUUUUUUUUUCUUUUCUUUUCGGGUGUCAUUAGCACAUGUUUUUGUUUGGUAAUGUACAUCCUCCUUGAGAAGACAAUGUUCGUAAUGGAUACGACUUGGGUUUCUUUUAGUUAGAAUAGAAAGAGUGCAACUGUUUUUCGUGUGCUUUUUUGACCAA